AUGGAUGGAAGUGAGGUGGAAAAUCAAACAGAAGUGGGAGAAUUUGUUCUGUUAGGACUCUCAGAUGAUCCUGAGCUAAGGCUUAUCGUCUUUGUGGUGUUCUUCAUCCACACAGCCACCGUGAUGGGAAAUCUGGGCAUGAUAAUACUGAUCACGAUGGAUUCUAGACUCCCCCCAAUGUACUUCUUCCUCAGUAGCCUUUCCUUUGUGGAUGUCUGUUACUCCUCUGCUCUCACUCCAAAGAUGCUGGUGAACCUCUGGGCUGAGAACAAGGCCAUCUCUAGAAAUGGCUGUGCUGCCCACUUUUACCUCUUCGGCUCAUUUUUAGGUACCGAGUGUUUCCUCUUAGCUGCAUUGGCAUAUGAGCGCUAUGUGGCCAUCUGCCAUCCACUUUUAUAUUCAGUCAUCAUGUCUGAAAAGCUUUGCUUUAUGCUGGUAGCCACCACAUUCCUUGCUGGCUUUGGGAAUGCAGCUGUCCAUACAGGAAUGACUUUCAAGCUGUCUUUUUGUGCCUCUAAUAAGAUCAACCAUUUCUACUGUGAUACACCGCUCCUUCUGAAACUCUCUUAUUCUGACCCCCGUGUCAAUGGGAUCGUCAUCAUGGCUUUUUCCAGCUUUAGUGUCAUCAGUUGUGUGCUGAUGGCCCUCAUUUCUUACCUCUUCAUCCUUAUCACCAUAUUGAGGAUGCACUCCGCUGAGGGCAGGAGCAAAGCCUUUUCCACUUGUGCCUCUCAUCUCAUGGCUGUCGCCAUUUUCUUUGGGACAAUUCUCUUUAUGUACUUACUUCCCACUUCCAGUUAUUCAAUGGAGCAAGACAAGGUGGUAUCUGUAUUUUACACACUGGUCAUUCCGAUAUUAAAUCCCCUUAUGUACAGCUUAAAGAAUAAGGAUGUGAAGGAUACCCUGAAGAAGAUCUUACAUAGACAUAGGAUUUAG